UUUGAUUCUGGCUCUCCGCCCCUGCCUCCUCUUUCCUGUUGGUUGGGUCCUCCUAUCCGUCGUCCUCCAACCAGCCGCCGCCCGUCGCCCUCCUCCACGCCCCCACCGGCGGGCCUCCGCCGCGUUCCCCACCGCGUCCACAUCUUGAGCUCAUCGAUCCCAUCCCGUCCGCGGCGGUGACCAGCUGCAGCCUCCUCCUCCCAGGGGCCGCGCCUCUCUCUGCUCAGCUGCACUGGACUGGGCAGGGGAUCCAUUCAGCCUGAUUUAUCUUCUCGGCGAUCCACAGGUGGAGCUAGUAUCAACAAUGUCAGAUCCUGGUAAGGAUGGCAAUAUGCAGCAGCUAGUCCCAAUGGCACCACCACCGGCAAGGGCUUCUGGUGGUGAACUAGUGGCAAAGGCUGCUGUUGGUGACAGUGGAAAGCAGCUGGUGCUGGUGGAGGGUGGAGGAAAGAGCUCAGGAGGGGUCAAGCUACGGGAGGAUGUGGAGGACAUAGAGGUGAAGCUGAAGCGCAUCAUGGACAAUGUCCCUGUCCGUGCCAGCAACACCUCUGGGUCCUCUGCUGGUUCUGGCUCUGGCGACUUCCACCAGUAUCGGCAAAUGAGGAGAAGGGAACAGGACCGUAUAACGAGGAUGGAGACUGAUUACGAAAAGAGGAAGCAGGUGGCCGAGUUCAAUCUGCGGAGGGACGAAAGGCUGAAAGCAGCCGAGGAGCGAACAUCCAAGAAGCGCCUGAAGCGCCAAAAGAAGAAGCAGCGUAAGAAUGAAAAGCGGGCCAAACCAAGCGGUGGUGGCGAGGAACCCAAUAGCGAAGCAGUGCCUAAGCAGGUGGAGGAGUCAGACGAUGACGAUGAGGGUUCGGAUUACGAGGGCGACGACAAGUUUAAGCAACGCAAAUGAAGUUGCUGUUAUACUGUAGACCGCCAUUCCUGGAUAUUACUUUUCAUCACUAGGAGGAUUCUGGAUGAUGAGGAAGACUGGGGCCAUGAACUAACAUCGGGUGCCUAAUAGAGACUCAGAAACAUACAUGCUAGAUUGGGGGCAUUGGGCGCCCAGUUAGUUUGUUUCGGAAACGCUUGUCUGCUGUAAGAUGGCAACCGGAUGCCGGUGGGUGCGCAUUCUCCUGGACGGUAGAUGGGGACCGGCGGGCGGAUGGCGCAUUGGUUUCUUGUUAUGAAUAUUAUGUACCUUUUCCUGCUGA